AUGACCACAACACCCCCCACGCACGCGACACUGCCCUCUGGCGAUAAAAUCCCACUCAUCGGCCUUGGCUGCUGGCAGAGUGAGCCGGAAGCUUUGAGUCAAGCCGUAGCACAUGCCAUCAAAGCUGGGUAUAGACACAUCGACGGUGCGACAAUCUACGGGAACGAAAAAGCGCUUGGUGAGGGGAUCAUACAGUCUGGAGUGGAACGGAGAGAUAUCUGGGUCACAACAAAGCUCUGGAACGACGUGAUGGAAGCUUGCAAGAGAUCUUUAGACUUGCUCGGAUUGGAUUACAUCGAUUUGUGGCUUAUGCACUACCCCGCCGCAACGGAUACCAAUGGCGAUACGAUAACUGUCGUUGAAAUUCCCUAUACCGAGACUUGGAAGGCAAUGGAGGCUUGCGUAGACGCAGGACUACUCCAAAAUCGAGCUGGAGAAUCUCUGGUACAACUGCCGAAUCAGACCAGCCGUUCACCAAAUCGAAAGACACCCAUACCUCCCUCAAAACGCUUUCAUGAAAUACCACAAAGAGGGAACACCAACCCGUCCUUCGCGGAUCGAGACCCUCUCCCACCUAUCCAGAAGAACCCUGCGGUCCAAGCUCUUGCUGAAAAGUAUGGCAUCUCCCCCGCCAACGUGCUGAUCAGUCUCCAAUUGAGCUCACUCCCUCUAGGAUCGAGGAGAACCUACAUGCCAUACAGCUUUCUCCCCAGGACAUCAAGUCUAUUUCCGACGCUACACAAGGUCAACGAGCAAGAUACUGCGACUUUAGCGAUAUCAUACUACGCUGGACUUGAUGAUAGCGAUUAA